AUGUAUAACUUUGUUUGUUACCGCGAUUUAUAUAGAAAGAAUCAAAACAAAAUUUGUAAAAUUAACAUGCCAUUCAAUAAAGAUUUCAAACCUGUAGCCUUGGGUGAUACCAAUCUUUUCAAACCAAUUACUGUUGGUAAUUGUAAAUUAAAAAAUAGAGUUGUACUGGCACCUUUAACUCGUAUGAGAGCUGAGCAUCCUGGUAAUGUUCCUAAUAAGAAAUGGGCUGUAGAAUAUUAUGACCAAAGAUCAAAAACUCCAGGCACUUUAUUAAUCACUGAAGCAGUUUUUAUCUCAGCUCAAGCUGGUGGAUAUGAUAAUGCACCUGGUAUUUGGUCAGAAGAACAAAUGGCAGAAUGGAAAAAAAUCUUUGCCAAGAUUCAUGAGAAUGGCAGCUUUGUUUGGCCUCAAUUAUGGAAUUUAGGUAGACAAGCGUUCCCUGAAUGUAUGAAGCGUGAUGGGUUAAGAUAUGAUUCAGCUAGUGACAAUAUUUGGAUGGAUGAUGAAGUUAAGGAAAAGGCCAAGAAUGCAGGUAUUGAACAACAUGGUAUUACUGAGGAUGAAAUCAAGCAAUAUAUCAAGGAUUAUGUUCAGGCUGCCAAGAACUGUAUUGAAUGUGGUGCUGAUGGUAUUCAAAUCCAUUCUGCUAAUAGUUAUCUAUUAAACCAAUUUUUAGAUCCUGUUUCCAACAAGAGAACAGAUAAAUACGGUGGUUCUAUUGAAAAUAGAGCCAGAUUCACCUUGGAAGUUGUAGAUGCCAUUGUGGAUGCCAUUGGAGCUGAACGUACUGCAAUUAGAUUAUCCCCAUAUAACACUUUUGGAGGUAUGUCUGGUGGUUAUGAUCCAACAUUAUUGGCACAAUAUGCAUAUGUGAUUGGUGAAUUGGAAAAGCGAGCCAUCAAUGGUAAAAGAUUAGCCUUUUUAGAUAUCUUUGAACCAAGAGUUUCUAAUCCUUUCGUAGACGAAGGAGUUGGUGCUUAUGAUCAAGGUACUACCGAGUUUGUAUUUUCCAUUUGGAAGGGUAUUGUAGUGAGAACUGGUAAUUUAGCAUUGCAUCCUGAAGUGGCUAAAGAGUAUUUGAAGAACAAAAACACAUUACUGGGAUACGGUAGAUACUACAUCUCUAACCCAGAUUUGGUGGAACGUUUAAGAAAAGGGUUACCAUUGAGCUCUUACGAUAGACCAAGUUUCUACGCCAUGUCUGACAAAGGUUACACUGAUUAUCCAACAUAUGAAGAGGCUGUCAAGUUAGGUUGGGACAAGGAAGAAUAA